AUGUCGCUAUCUUCGCUCGCCGAUCUGAUCUCCAACUCAGUCCAGACGAUCGAGAAAGCCGUCGCCGAAUCAGCCAAGGCUCAACACAACCAAUCCAGAUACGCCCGCGCCCAUCCAGUGACUCCUUACGAGGUGCUCGAAGCCGUCGACCUCAUCGUCGCCGCUUGCGCCGAAUUGACUUCCAAGGUCCAAGACAGUACCGGUUUCAUUUGCAAACAUGCCCUAGCCUUCAACGUCUCAUCAGCAAUACGAGUGGCCGUGGAAGGACACAUCCCCGAGAUCCUCAGACCGGCCGGCCCGACGGGCAUGGACAUCCAAGAGAUCGCCCAGAAAUGCGACGCUAAUCCGCUCCGGCUCGAACGGGUCCUCAGACUCCUCGUCUCCCAUCAUAUCUUCACCUCGCCCAAGAAACGUUGGUUCGCUAAUAAUCGCCAUAGUUUGGCCCUCGAUACCGGCAAAUCUGCCGAAGAAUUGCCUCGCGAACUUAAUUCCGAGAAAUACAUGGGUCCGAAUACCUUGCCAGCAUUAAUCACCCAUUCGACCGACGAAAUGUUCAAGUCUUCUUCUCAUCUGACUGAAUGUAUCCUGGAGCCCUCAAGCUCGAGGUCUUUCUUCGGCGACCAAUCCCCAUUCUCUCAUGCCUUCGAAACCGGAAUGGAUUUCCGAACGUUUCUUCAACUCAGCUAUGAUCAAGAAGUCCGAUUAAAACGAUUUAUCACAGCGACAGAAUGUCUGUCUCGUAUUGGGGCCAGUGACCAAGGGCUGAGUGGAUACAACUGGGGUACCAUCGGAAACGGUUUGAUGGUGGAUGUGGGUGGAGGGGUAGGUCAUGUCGCAUUGAGUUUGGCUCGCUCGUAUCCACGUUUAAGGAUCGUAUUACAAGACAGAGCCGAAGUGAUUGUCCAAGCCCAAGCUUUUUGGCAAAAACAUUUCCCUCAAGCGGUUUCUUCUAAACGAGUGAUCUUGGAAGCACAUAAUCUGUUUGAUGUUCAGAAUCGUCGAGGCGUUCGUGUCUUCUUCGUCCGGUUUGUCAUCCGAGAAUGGAACGAUGAAACAGCUGUCAAAAUCCUCAAAAACCUUUCGGAAGCGUCCUCGUCAUCGACUAAAUUGAUCUUGGUCGAAAGGACUGUGACCAAUUGGAGUCAAGAGUCUGUCAACGAUUGUCCGCUUCAGACCUGGGAAAUCUUGAAGGACGUCAAACUAUCACAGCACGUUCAAAGCUCGUUUUGUCACGAUGCAGCCCAUCCUCAAAUCUUAGAGGAAACCGGGCGACCUUUGAUCGAUCUGUUAGAUUCACAAUUGAUGUUAUAUGGGUCGGGACGAGAACGGACGUUAGAAGAGUUAGUGUUAAUGCUCCAUGCGGCCAAUUGGAAGGUCGAGAAGAUCAGCCGACCAGGGACGUCCUCGUUGACCCAACUGAUCUGCAAGGCGAUCAUCAAGUCGGAGGACGAGAUGGAGUCGAUCGGAGGAUGGGAGAAGAAAGCGGCCGUCGUCUCGGCCUCGUCUGUUCCCCCUGUCGAUCCGUCCUCGGCGCCCACUAUUUCUCAAUUACCCGACCAGGCUACGGAUUCCGCUCCUUCCGAUCAAUUGGAAUCCGACUUGCCAUCCUUGACUAACUCGACUGACCACGAAGAUCCUGGCGUAUCUCUUCCGGUCACUGACCCGCAACCUAUCGAUCAUACUCAGGCCGACCAGUCGGCUAUGGAUAGUCAACCCGAACCGUAG